AUGGGUGUCUUUCAAGACAAAAUAGCCAGCAUACUUCGAAUUGAAGAUCAACAAUUCACCAGAGAACUGCUGGCAGAAUGCAUUGGAACCUUUUUCCUUCUGCUUAUCGGAAAUGCCGCUAACGUCCAAGCUGCAGUCGCUGUUGGUGGAAACUCUACGUCGUGUCAUAUUGCCUGGGGAAUCGGAUUCAUGUUUGCAGUUUACUUGGCUGCUAGUGUAUCCGGAGGACAUUUGAACCCAGCUAUUUCGAUUGCUCAAAGCAUUCUCGGAAAUCUGCCUCCAUGGAAGAUCAUUCCAUAUGCCAUUGCUCAAGUUAUUGGAGCAUUCCUAGGCGCCGCUGUUGCCUACUUUGGACAUCAUGAUGACUUGUGGAAGCUGGAUGGCGGUAUCCGGCAGGUGACGGGAGGUCAAGCCACGGCUGGAUUGUUCACCACUUUCCCAUCGGAUCACAUGUCAGUAUGGGGAAGCCUUCUUGAUCAGAUUAUCGGAACAGCAAUGCUGUCUGGAUUGGUCUGUCUUAUCACUGACAAACGCCAUCAGAUCCCAACCGGUGUUGUUCCUGUUCUGGCUGGAAGUAUCAUGAGCAUGGUCGCUAUGACUUUUGGAGCAAAUGGUGGAUUCGCUAUCAACCCAGCUCGUGACUUUGGACCACGUCUCUUCUGUCUUUGUGCUGGAUAUGGUUGGGAAGUAUUCAGUGCUCAUUAUUAUUACUUCUGGAUUCCAAUCGUCGGUGCUCUUAUCGGAGCUGUUAUUGGGGCAUGGAUUUACAAAAUCUUCGUUGGACUCCACGGAAUGAACGAGAGUCUCGAUAUUCAGCCAGCCAAGGGGUUUAAUGUUAGUGUGAAGGUUGAUAGAGAAUACAGCAGUACUAGCAAAUAG